AUAAAUUCGUAAUUUAUGGGCGUUCCAUCGAAGUGUCUGCUUAUAAUCAAAAAAGUCCACCGCGAAACAAACACAAAAACUCAACUCAAACUCAACUCAUCCUAUAAUUAUUCUCUCAGAAAAGAAAGAAACCAAAACCCAAUUUGGUUACCUCUUACCUCAAUCCAUAAGUCAAAAAAAUCAUCAAGCUUUAAGCUCAAAAACUUCGAUCUUGAACUGAUGGGCUCUGAAGGACCAAAAGCAAUUACGAUUCACGUGACUGGCUUCAAGAGGUUCCUUGGUGUCUCCGAAAACCCUACUGAGAAAAUCGCUAGUAAUCUGAAAUCGUAUGUGGAGAAACGAGGGUUGCCUUCUGGACUGACUCUUGGUACCUGCACCGUUCUUGAGUCUGCUGGGGAAGGUGGAAAGGCUCGGCUUUAUCAGGUUCUCGAGUCUAGUGUUGCUGCUGCCUCUGGUGAUAACAAGAACACCAAUGGAACUGUUGUUUGGCUUCAUCUUGGAGUGAAUAGCGGAUCGGAAAAAUUCGCAAUUGAAAGACAAGCAGUGAACGAAGCUCAUUUCCGUUGUCCUGAUCAAUUAGGCUGGCAACCACAGAGGCUUCCUAUAGUUUUUGAAGAUGGAAGCAUUUUAAAGGCAAAAGAGACUACAUGUCCAACAGAGUCGAUAUUCAAUAUACUAAAGAACAAAGGCUACGACGUUGUUCAAUCAGACGACGCUGGACGGUUUGUGUGCAACUACCUCUACUAUCACUCCCUCAGGUUCGCUGAGCAAAAGGGACACAAGUCACUCUUCCUCCACGUUCCUUUGUUCUCCAAAAUCGAUGAAGAUACUCAGAUGCAGUUCGUCGUCUCUCUCUUGGAGGCAAUUGCAGCUACUUGCUAGUGUACUAUUGCCAAUGUGUGCAAGUAUAAUGUAUAUCAUCCUUCUACGAAGCAUUGUGUUCUUUUGUUGGGGAGUGUGGUUGUAUUGUAGCUUGUGAUAUAAAAAAAAAGACUUAUUGCUUUUGGCUCUGAAACUUUCUGGGUCUUGUAAAGCACACGAUUAGGAAAGAAAGAGCCUUUUGUGAUCGUCUCUGUAAUAAAAAAAAUAUUCUCUUUAUUGAAAAAUGUCAAAGUUUGGGUUUUUAUGAUA